CUGUUUCGUGUUCUUUAAUAAUAUUAUUGAAAGAUGUUGGCUAUAUUCAAGAAUGGAUCCGUUAAUCCACCAAAGGAGCUCAACAGUCCAGCUUCAUUACAAGGAUUCUUCUCCUCCCUCAAGCCAAAACUUCCCAAUGAGAUCCUAAACAGUUUCUUGGCUUCUCAUUCUAACAAUGGCUUCUCCAUGGGUUUUGCAGAGAAAGCUCUGAUUGCUUUCUCACCUCCUCAAAACCCUUUCUCCAUUCACAAUAGAAUGUUUUGUGGAGUGGAUGACAUAUACUGUAUCUUCUUGGGAAGUUUAAGCAACCUCCCGGGUCUUCUCCGGCAGUAUGGGCUGUCAAAGGGGGCAAAUGAGGCAGCGUUCGUGGUGGAGGCGUAUAGGACUCUUAGAGACAGAGGACCUUAUCCGGCUGAUCAAGUUCUUAGAGAUAUGGAGGGAAUAUUUGGGUUUGUUGUGUAUGAUGCCAAGGCUGGAUCUGUUUUUGUUUCUCUGGCUGGUGAUGAAGGUGUGAAGCUAUACUGGGGAAUAGGAGGAGAUGGGUGUGUUGUGAUUUCUGAUGAGUUGGAGGUUAUUAAGGGAAGCUGUGCCAAGUCAUUUGCCCCUUUCCCAGCUGGUUGCAUGUAUCAUAGUGAUCAUGGGCUAAUGAGCUUUGAGCAGCCAUUGAAGAAGAUGAAAGCAAUGCCUAGAAUCGACAGUGAAGGAAUACUGUGUGGAUCUAAUUUCAAGGUGGAUACAAUUUCAUCUUCGAAGAACAAUAACAACAUGACCAGGGUUGGAAGUGAAGCUAAUUGUGCUGUUUGGAGAUCACAAGCUUGAUUAGUUCUUGUUGUUGUUAGAUUCACUCUGUUUUCUUUAUUCUUUACUUAAUUAUGUCUUGUGUUUGUAAAUUGUAACUGUCUUAUUGAGAAUUCUCCUUGUUCAAUAUAAUCGAUUUCAAAUAA